GUUGGACUGUUUAAUUAUUAUUUCCGCUGAUUUACUCCAGUCCGCCAGGUGGCGCUGCUCGUAUGUACUAACUAACGCUUAGGCCACGAAGAAAAAGAUCAGCGUCAGUGUUGUUAUUCUGUCCUUUUUAGGCUUAAGUUCGCAGAUCUUCAUCAAUUUUAUAGCGUGUUAAAUGGAUAUUAAAACCUAAAUCAUAAACUAUGGCGUUGUAUCAGAGAUUUCAUCGGCUCCAGACGUUGCAGUUUGCUUCCAGGUGGCUCAGACCACAAACCUGCGACGUGAGCGUACACAAAGUCGUCACAGCAGAACGAAUCCAACAACGACACGCACACGAUGCCGCUCCGACUCGCCGUCCUUUCUCCAGAGUCACACCUGAGGACGUUAGCUAUUUCAGCGAACUUCUCCCUGGGAGAGCCAUCACGGACCCGGACGUGUUGGAGUCCAGUAAUGUCGACUGGCUGAAGUCAGUAAAAGGUAGUAGUGAGGUUCUGUUACGGCCCAAGACAACGGAAGAGGUCUCUCAGAUCCUGAGAUACUGUAGUGAAAGGAACCUAGCUGUGAGUCCUCAGGGUGGAAACACAGGCCUGGUGGGAGGCAGCGUCCCAGUGUUCGACGAGAUCAUCCUCUCGACUGCACUGAUGAACCGAGUCCUCACCUUCGACGACAUCUCGGGGAUUUUGACGUGUCAGGCCGGCUGCGUGUUGGAGAGCCUGUCUCAGUAUGUGGAAGAGCGUGACUUCGUUAUGCCGCUGGAUUUGGGGGCGAAGGGUAGCUGCCACAUCGGGGGCAAUGUGUCCACCAACGCGGGAGGGCUUCGCCUGCUGCGCUACGGCUCCCUUAGAGGGACAGUUCUGGGCCUGGAAGUGGUGCUGGCUGACGGCAGGGUUUUGGAUUGUCUGGCGAAAUUGCGUAAGGACAACACGGGCUACGACGUCAAGCAGCUCUUUAUCGGUUCUGAGGGAACACUUGGGGUGAUCACUGCCGUGUCGAUUCUUUGCCCUCGGAAACCCAAAUCUGUAAACGUGGCCUUCUUAGGCUGCUCAAGCUUCCAGAACCUUCUGGAGACCUUUAGAAUUUGCCGAGGCAUGCUGGGAGAAAUCCUCUCGGCUUUCGAGUUCCUGGAUGCCUCCUGCAUGAGCCUUGUGGAGAAACAUCUUAAGCUCGCCAACCCUAUCGCUGAAAGCCCUUUUUACAUAGUCAUGGAGACCUCAGGAUCCAAUGCGGCACACGACGAGGAAAAACUGCACAACUUCCUACAAAAAGUCAUGACGUCGUCUCUGGUCGCAGACGGCACCGUUGCAACCGAGGAAACUAAAAUAAAGGCGCUUUGGUCUAUUAGAGAGCGGAUUACGGAGGCUCUGAGAUACGAUGGAUACACGUACAAAUACGACGUCUCUCUUCCCCUGGAGAAAAUCUACGAUCUGGUCACUGACAUGAAGUCGCAUCUGGGAAACCGAGCAACUAACGUACUGGGCUACGGACAUGUUGGUGAUGGCAACCUUCAUUUGAACAUCACGUCUCCCUCGAAAGACGAAGCACUUCUGGCAGCCAUCGAGCCGUACGUGUACGAGUGGACGUCGAAGUGGCAGGGGAGCGUCAGUGCCGAGCACGGCCUCGGGCUCAAGAAGAGAAACUACAUCUACUACAGCAAAUCCCAGGAAGCUGUGCGUCUCAUGCAGGACUUUAAGACCAUGCUGGACCCCAGGGGCAUUCUCAACCCAUAUAAGACGCUUCCUGAUAAUGAUGAUGAUGUUCGCAAGGGAACAGGAUGUUUUUAGAAAGAUCUAAAAGGGUGCCACCCCAACCCAUUGGCAUCACGCUAACAUCAUGGCUUAGCACUCGUUAGAUCUUGUUAAUGAAGACAGACAGCUAAUCAAAAAUUUUAAUCAAAUAAAAAUUAAUUUUAAAAACGUACAGUACAGAUUGUGAUUCUGACUUUCAUAGCCGUGAUGCAUUCUAAUACGACGCCUAAUUAAAUAAAAUAUGAAGUGAAGAUUUUAAAGAGUAAAAAAAAAAAAAAACCACAACAGAAAGCACUUACUGUUUUGAACCCAGCAUGAGAUUUAUUGUAAUUUCUGUAAAUACACUGUACUUUGUCUGUUUCUUACCAUGUUUAAAUCCAUGUAGGCAAUAAAGAGAAUUAUUUUGGUUA